AUGAUAUUUCAAGCCCUCACCUCGCACUGCAUUUCGUAUACCUAUGUGAUAUUGCCACUAUCAUUUUGGUACCGCCAUCAUGGAAGUGCGAUAAACCCCUGCGUCACGAUCUUCUACGUCCUACCGUAUCGCCGACGAUUUCUCGAAAUGUUUUUUCGGAUCAAGAGGGAACGAGCGUCUCGAAUCUAUCACACUGGCACCGGCGUGACGACGAAAGAUGCCGAAAGCUCACGGAACUCGAAAAACCUCGUC